AAUAUGUAAUGUUUGAUAAGGAUAAUAUUAGUAAGCAGAAACUCCAGCUAAAACCCCAAACAAACCCCUCACACCACUUCCUCCCCAUUCCUCUUCACUUUCCAUAAUCCAUUCCAUCAUUCAACUUCAAACACCAGUCUUUUAAAUGGCUUUGCCAUUUCUCACUCUCCCACACUUUCUCUCUCCCACAAUUAUCAAACCCAAUUCAACCAUCACUCUAAAACCCAAACACUUUCUUCUCCCUUCUACACCUUUCUUUCGUCCCUUAUCCUAUCCAUUACUUCCUCUCCGACCUCCCGCCGCAGUCCGUCCCAACGCCAAAUCCUAUCCAAACCCCGCCGACAACGACCCGCCGGAAGUAGCCGAAGAUACCGCUCACGGCUACUCCAAAUUCCAGCAAAUCCAACUCCAAGCCGACCGCGCUCGCCUCCGGGAAGAAGAAGAUUUCAAAAACAACCAAGCCACUUACCUCGCCGCCAUCGCCGACUCCGAAGAUGCUCCCGACGAACCUUCCUCUGUUGAAUCCGCUCAGGAAGAUUUGUUCGGUGACAUCGACAAAGCUAUCGCUCUCAAACGUAAAGAGUUCGUUAAACAAGGUCUUCUCAAACCUAAUCCCGCCAAAGAGGAUGUCGAAGAAGUCGUUAACGAAGAGCUUCAACCCGAUGAAGUCGACGACGUCGAAGAAAUCGAACGACUCAAAGGACUUGCGGUCAAUUCCGACGAAACGCCGGGAGAGUUCACCGGAGAUGGUGAUUUAGAUUCUAAUUCUGAUUCUUUGUUUGAUUUAGAUUUUGAUAGUUUAGGGAAGAGUAAUAAAGCUAGAAUAGUUGAACCUAAGUUUAAGAUGAGUUUGGCUGAGCUUUUAGAUGAGAGCAAAGUGGUUCCUGUUUCGGUUUACGGAAAUUUAGAAGUUGAGAUCAAUGGAAUUCAACACGAUUCUAGGCUUGUUACUUCUGGUAAUUUGUUUGUUUGUUGCGUUGGAAGUAAAAAUGACGGACAUAUGUUUUUGAGUGAGGCUGAUAAGAGAGGAGCUAUUGCUGUUGUGGCUAGUAAAGAGAUUGAUAUUGAGGAUACUUUGGGUUGUAAGGCUUUGGUUAUUGUGGAAGAUACUAAUGCUGUUCUUGCUACAUUGGCUGCUUCGUUUUAUAAGUAUCCGUCCAAAAACAUGGCGCUUAUUGGUAUAGCGGGGACUUUUGGUAAAACGACGACUACUUAUUUGGUUAAAAGUAUGUAUGAAGCGAUGGGUUUACGUACCGGGAUGUUUAACGAUAUUGCUUGUUAUGUUCAUGGGGAUAAUCAGUUGGAUUCGCCUUAUGCGAUGCUGGAUGCUGUUUUGGUUCAGAAUUUGAUGGCUAAGCUGUUGCACAAUGGGACUGAAUCUGUGGUUUUUGAGGCUUCUUCUUGUCGUGCAGGGCAGGGGAAAUAUGAUGAGGUUGAUUUUGAUGUUGCUGUUUUUACGAAUUUGGUGGCGGGUGAUGAGGAGGAAGAGGAUAGAGAUUCGAAUGCUAAGCUAUUUUCGAGGAUGGUGGAUCCUGAGCGGCAUAGGAAAGUUGUUAACAUAGAUGAUCCGAAUGCGUCUUCUUUUGUUUCAUUGGGGAGUCCUGAAGUUCCUGUUGUGACAUUUGCUUUGGAGAAUAAAAAUGCUGAUGUUCAUCCCUUGAAAUUUGAACUCUCCCUGUUUGAGACGCAGGUGUUGGUUAAUACACCGGCUGGAAUUCUGGAAAUUUCGUCCGGUUUACUAGGAAAGCACAAUGUUUACAAUAUUCUUGCUGCUGUGGCAGUUGGCAUUGCUGUUGGGGCACCCUUGGAGGACAUUGUUAGAGGGAUUGAAGAGGUUGAUGCAGUUCCUGGGAGGUGUGAGUUAAUUGAUGAGGAACAAGCAUUUGGGGUAGUAGUGGACUAUGCUCGAACUCCAGAUGCUUUGUCUAGAUUACUUGAUUCUGUAAGAGAGCUUCAACCUCGCAGGAUUAUAACUGUGAUCGGUUGUUGUGGCGAGGAUGAAAGGGGGAAGAGACCCUUGAUGACUAAGAUAGCGACAGAAAAAAGUGAAGUGACCAUGCUGACAUCUGACAAUCCCAAGAGUGAAGAUCCAUUGGAUAUUUUGGAUGAUAUGUUGGCUGGGGUAGGAUGGACAAUGCAAGAGUACCUGAAAUAUGGAGAGAAUGACUACUAUCCUCCUCUUCCGAAUGGUCAUAGGCUUUUUCUCCAUGACAUUAGAAGGGUAGCUGCACGAGCUGCAGUUGCAAUGGGGGAAGAGGGUGAUGUUGUUGUGAUUGCUGGUAAAGGCCAUGAAACAUAUCAAAUAGAAGGUGAAAAAAAAGACUUCUUUGAUGACCGAGAAGAGUGCAGGGAGGCAUUGCAGUAUGUUGACGAGCUUCACAAAGCUGGAAUAGAUACGAGCGAAUUUCCAUGGCGGCUACCAGAGAGCCACUGAUACCAAAGGUUGUUGUGCUAACAAUGGAUCAGCAUCACUUGUUUACCUUAGUACACAAAUGAAGUAGGUAAAAGGAAAUGGAUCUUUCAGUUAUUACAGGGGUCUUUCUCUGCAGGAGCUUGGGUGUCAACCUGGUAAAAAUGGGCUUUAAAGUUUGAAUGGCACCGUCUUCCAGAGUCUAGCUUUAGAUUCCAACAUGGGCAGAGUACAUCAUAUCCAACAUCUUGUUUUUGUCUAUACGGCCGAUUCUAAUUUAUUUUUCCUUUCCCCCCUGGCCUCCAUGCCACUGUAAUUGUAAUUCCAUGUGUUGUAGAGUGACACAAUAGUCCUGCUUCCUCCUUGGCAAAUAUAAGAUUAUAAACAGAAGUCUUGAAUUGAGCUUCUUGUCCAAUCAAUCAAGCUAAAUUAUCCAAGACCAGGUAUGAUUGUACGAGAAGUCUAAUAUAUUACAUUGUCGAAUUCCAAUAAAAUAAACUGUUUCUGUUUCAA